AUGACUGGAAUUGCAUCUGACAAGACACAAAGCGCCAACGAUAGUAGUGAUGAAAAAGACAAAUCCCAAAACCAACCGGUCUAUACUUCUUCGAGCACCUGCUCGAGCCCAGACUCUUCGGGGAUGUCAGUGACUGGCUCACUUGGGGCAGAACUUUCGCAAGUUAGCCUUUCGUGCUCUCCGGCCAACUUGCAACUCGAGCAGCUCGCAAAUACGAACCUGUUAUUAAUAAGGACAAAGUUUAAUAAGGAAGCAGGGGAGCAUUCGAUUGAGAGUUUGAUUGCAGAAAUUGAAUCGAUAGCUCAUCACUACAAUGGAUCCCUUGUUAGUGCGGCUAAUAUUGAGCAAUAUGAUCACCUGCCGGAUGGCAAGAGAUUGAAAAUACUGGAGGAGAACAAAGAUAUCUACAUUUUUGAGAAUGGUAAUACAGAGUACGCUCACUCUUAUGAAGGAGAAGAGCCCAAGCAUGGCAACGAUUGGAAGUACGACAAAGUGAUCGGGAUUCAAUUCAAGCGCUCGAAUGCUAUGAAAUCUGCGUCUGGCAAGCUAGAACAGUUAUUUAAGAGCCGGGCACAGCAAAUCGCACAAUGGUCAAUAAGUACCAAUGAGCAUGCUCUUGCACAGCCUGGAAAUUUGUACAUCAAAGGUGUGCCAAAGGAUAUGUCCAUGGAUCAAGUGGUGCCUAUGUUCUCCAAAUUUGGGCCCAUAUCCUCAUUCAAAUUGAUACGAGAUAGCGUCACCGGGAAGUCACUAGGAUACGGUUUUAUUUCGUACCCGCUCGGUUCCCAUGCAUCAAAAUGCAUCGCUGAGCUUAAUGGUAAAACUAUGGGAUCUAGCACUUUAUUCAUCAACUUUCAUAUUGAGAGGAAGGAAAGAGAGCGUAUUUAUCGAGAUAGCAUCAAAGAGAGUAACGAUGAUGAGAAAUUUAAAGGUAUUUUCGUCGGAAAUCUUCCUCUUUCCAAGUCGUCUGAAGAAAAUCUAUCACCAUCUGAUGUUAUUCAAUUAUUCAAAGACAAGUUGAGUCCCUUCUUCUCAGACCUUGCUAUAGUAUCAUAUUAUUUCCCGAAGAAAUCCAUCAAAGAGGAUGCCCAUUUUGAGGGAGAUAAAGCCGAAAAUGGGACGGACAAAAGAGAAAAUGAAGAUGUGAGUUCACCUAAGGAUGAUGUUAUAUCGAGUGACAGCGUCUCAACGACUCUUUCUCAAAGCGACGAUUGCUUAAUGAAGAAUUAUGGAUUCAUCAAGUUUAAGCACCACCUCCAAGCCUUGAAGGCGAUUGAGAUCUUCAAUGACUAUACGUGGUUUGGAAGUAAUUUGAUCGUCAACAAAGCCGUUCAAAGUAAGUCACAAACCUGGCAUCAAAGGAAAACUGGAGGGCCGUCAACAAUGAAUAAUAGGUCUGAGAACCGGUACCAUGGUCCACACAAUCCAUACGGGUACUUUGGAGGUCAUGGCAAUGUUUAUUUCCCUUACAUGAACUCGCAGGGAUCGAUUUUAGCCGGCGACAUUGGACCACAAGAUCACGAAGUAUCUUACCCUCUCAGCAGGCCAAUGAGCACCGGAUCAUACGUUAGUUCAUAUCAUUCGUUUGGAGCAAUCCCUGGACAAGCGCCUCCAUCUGGUCUUUUCGAAACACCUUCGCCAGGUAAUUCUAUAUUUCCGUUAGGCUCCUACGGCAUGAUGCCUUCAAAUGUACCGUUUGGUUUACCAUUACCGACUCGCGAUCAACAAGAAUCAAACUUGUAUGUAAAACACCUGCCGUUAUCUUGGAAGGAUGACGAUUUGAAAGAGUUUUAUCGAGAAUAUGGAGAGAUCAUCAGUGCUAAAAUAAUAACAGUAGGAGGAAGCAAGAGUAAAAGUCAAACCAGUCAAGCAUCAGACGAAGUCGAGGGUGAAGAUCCAAAAAGUUUGGGAACUUCACGCGGAUAUGGCUUCGUGUGUUUCAAGAACCCACUGGAUGCGUCGCGUGCCAUAUUAGGCACAGACGGAUACCAUUUAACAGAGACCCAUAUUCUACAUGUCUCUUUUGCACAAAAGAGAGCCAAAUCGAAUCAAGGCAAUGUAAAGAAUUCAAAUUCUCCGUCGGAUUACGAUCCCUUACUUGAAAGCCCUUUUUUCCACACAAGAUCGCUUUCAAGAAGAGCGUCUUUCAAUGAUCACCCAAGAGGCCAGUAUAGCAUGAAAUACUUCAAUCCCAUGAGGCAUCCGAGAAGUCCCGCAGCAGGUAGUUUCCCCAGCGGAUUUGUGACUGGUGGUGCUCACAAUUGGCAAGGUAUCCCCAUAUUGCCAUCGGGCCCGCCAGCGCUAUCAUCAGUCCCAUUCGUGCCACCAAACCCUCCAACGAUGUCAGAAUCGGCUUACUCAGGUCCCGUUUUCAGCGGCAAUGAAAGUGAUUUUGAAGGUGCAGGAGAAAAGAAUUAA